CCGCUUUUCCUCUAUCGGGCUGCAGGUCCCUCCUUACGUCGUUUCUUCUGUUAUCAUCAGUUUGGGUGAAGACAGAAGGCAAAUGGCAUUUCUCCAUCUUGUCCACGCAAGGGACCUACUACGGUACUUGCUUGUUCUUCCUCUUGUUUCAAACAUAGCGCAAGAAACCUUUGGUUAUUUUUAAAUCUCUCUUGCAAGCCUGUUGCCCUGAAAUACAACCAAGGAAUAAAUAGUGUUUUGCUCUGAUAUCCUCUUAUAUCAAUUAUUUAAAACAGGUGUAACUGUUCUCCAUUCUACUCAUUUUGUGUGUGUGUGUUCCUGUGUGAGUAGUUGGCGGAUCAUAUUAUUCCUUCUAGCUAGUUCUUUGUUGCUGCUUCUGCUAACUGCACAUGUGAAUGUGCGUUAUGUAGGGUUGCAAUAUUUCAAAAAUUAAAAACCAGGACACUGAAAGUUGUUGAGUUUUUUUCCUGCAAAAAACCCACAAUUUUUCGAUUGAUUUGCCUGACAUCCAGGACAAAGCACUGACUUUAGAAAAUCCUGAUGCAUUGCAGCCGUAUGUUAUGUUAUACUUGAAUAAACAUUUACAGUUUAUGUAACACAGGCAAUCAUUCUCUGAUACUGAGAUUUUGGUAAAUUAUAACUACUUGGAUGCAACCUGUGAGGAUAAAUUAAUGUGGUCCAGAUUGUCCUCAGUGCACACAUUUCCCAGUGUUCCGUAUUAAGGGGAGUUUCUCUGAGAAAUUGGAGAAGUGAAAAUGGGCUCUGUCCUGUGCUUGGUGGGCUUAAAGGACUCAGACACUACCCUCCUUUUUAAAUGUUGUUUAUCAAGGAAUCCCGGCUUGUCUGGAUCAUUAAUAGAGCUGAAAGUGAAGAUAUACUCUGUUUCCAACCUCUGACCAAAAUGUAGCUUUGGGAAUUAGGGACUGCCUGUGGUUGCCACUCCAAACACUAGGCCAGCUCAGCCCCAAAGCUGAGCAGCUGCUGUCCUUGGAAAGGGUCUUCUGGUGGUGAAGGUAGCCUCAAGAUGGGAGAUAAUUAAUGUCUGGCUGCUGACAUUGUAGCAGCUGGAGAAAAUUAAAAGAUCAGGUGCACUUUUGCUAUGAGGGACUGUUUAUUAGUGGAAGAAGUUGAGCAAUGGUGGGCAACCAUCGUUUGGAAUAGUCCAUUGCUCCUGUGUACACUGCUCAGCAAACUUGACAUGGAUUUAUAUAGUUUAUAAAGAAAACUGAGCAGCAUAUGUGUGUUUAGAACCAUUAGUGUGGAGUUUAGGUUCCGGUUUCCGCCGGCAGGAAUGGCGGACCUGUUUUCCAUCCCUCUGACCUUCGUAAGGAAUUUGGCGGUUGCUAGGGGAGUAAAUGGCAACCCCCUACCCUCUCCGGGGGUUACGGAGAGGGGCCGCUGGCCCGCGAUGCCCCCAGACCCACUCCGACUGUUUAUGGAGUGGGGGGAGCUUGGGCUGAAAAGCACUUACGAGGGCCAGGACUCCCGGACGCUAAUCUGCAUGGCGGGGAUUUCCAUGGUUAAAGAAGAUAAUUAGGCUUAAAACUAUGGACAUACUUCAGAAGGAGGGGAAGAAGCGCUGUUUACUGCUGAGAAAUUUAUGCUGCUGAGGGAGAGGAGUCAAAGGCUGUAUAUCAUCUGGAAGAAGGAUUGAUGGGGACGGAGCGAUAAGGGAAUUGAGUUUUUUUUAUUUUUCUUCAUAUGAGUUACUUCGUACCUUCCCAGACGCGAUGUCCUGGCUUGUUUGGAGUGAAAGAGAAGCAAAAGACUGUGUGAGUUGAACUUUAUAAACUGUUGUUACUGAGCAUAUUUUUUAAAGAUGUGGAGUUGCCGAUGAGAAAAGCCCCCCCCCCUAGUCGGACGGAAGGAGUCCUGGACGCGUUCGGAGGAUUUAUGAGCUGUGACGCACUUUGAAUUGGAGCAGCGACCUGAAGCUAAGUUCAGCUAUAGGGCAAGGAGAUCCAUUAAUUUACCAAGAGUUUAUGGUUUGAUGUUUGGGUCUUCUGCCUGGAAAAGCUGUAAAUUUUAUACAGAUCGUUAAUCUUCAUGGCUAUGAGAGAAAACGAAAGUGAUUUGAGCUUUUUAAGAUGGCGCUGCUUCGACGCAACAGGGAGCUCCAGACUAAGAAGAUUUAUGGGGAGGCUGGACUGAUUAACCCACACAGGAGAAAGAACAUUUGUGAAACCUUGUUUGAUAUUUAUCUCAGCAGCUUUCAACAAUCGGUUGAAAGUGGAAAACAUCUAUGUGACUGUAAGGGGAAGAUCUGGAUUAUUAUGAACUUGGAGGACGAUUUGAACUUUAGAAAAAAGACGGCAGUGGACGGUUGCGAGGAAUCCCCAAUUUCUUGAAGCAUGGGAACCCAAAUAAAAAAUUCUCUAGACGAUUUGGCAUAACAUUCGGUUUGAUUGAUUGAUAUAUAUAUGUGUAUAAUUUGAAAUAAUGAAUGUGAUAUAAUUGGUUUUAAUUGGAAAAUUAAUAAAAAUAUAUUUUUUUUAAAAAAAUAGAACCAUUAGUGUGGAGUUUGGGAGGGGGUUACUUUGAAUAGGAAAACCUUUUUCUAGAUAAUGUUGCAUGGAAAUGUUCUCCUUAAUCAACAAGGAUCUAGUUUAGCAUGUUACACUUAUAUUUGGUCAACAGAUUUUUUUUAAAAGCAUGCCUUGUUAAUGUGCUAUAUUAAUACCUCUUUUUUUCUCCUCUAAGCCAUAAUAAUUUGAACUGAAAUGUUUGAUAUGGUGUGGGAAAAUCAAUAAAGCACACUUACAGUUCAGUCUUGUCUAUGGCUACACAGCACUUCCUUACUAUAUUUACUAUAUAGGCCUAUGCAUGGAUACUUGCCAGAGGAAGUUGAUUAGUGUUGCAUCCUAACAUACCCAAUAUAUUACCACUUUGUUUUUUUAAAUACUGGAAUAGGGUUGGUUGAGGGGAGGGUAAGGGUGGAAGAGCUCCAAGUUGCUAGGGACGGCAUUUGUAUGUGUGCUCUCAUCUGUGUGGUGUCAGUUUCACCAGCCCAGAGCUUGCCUGACCACACCUCUCCCUAUUCCUGUGAAUACAGUGCCACCACUACCGAAAGGGCACUGUUGCCACUCCUUGUAAUAGAAUCCUAUACCUGUACACAGGACUUGUUUUUAAGACAGUACUUGAUGAGGCAAGAUGUAUUUCUAGUGGGAGCCAGGAAACAAUACUUUCUAAGAGUACAUAUAUAUUUGUAAAACAGACAUAUCAGCUCCAUCUGGUACGCAGGCUGAGACCCUACCUGCCUGUGGACUGCCUCGCCAGAGUGGUGCAUGCUCUGGUUAUCUCCUGCUCAGAUUAAUGCAAUGCGCUCUAUGUGAAGGUGACCCGGAAACUACAACUCAUCCAGAAUGCGGCAGCUAGACUGGUGACUGGGAGCGGCCGCCGAGACCACAUAACACCGGACUUGAAAGACCUACAUUGGCUCCCAGUUUUAUUGAAAACGACAGCUGGAGAUAUUGAUAUUGAGCUAUGGUCAAAGGAAGCCCCCAAAGCAUGUCGGAACUUCAUUCAGCUUUGCAUGGAAGAUUAUUACAACAACACAAUAUUUCAUAGGGUUGUACCUGAGUUUAUAGUGCAAGGAGGAGAUCCAACUGGUACUGGGUCAGGAGGAGAAUCUAUUUAUGGGGCCCCUUUCAAGGAUGAAUUCCACUCACGGUUGCGCUUUAUUCGGCGGGGUCUGGUUGCCAUGGCAAACGCCGGGCCUCACGAUAAUGGCAGCCAGUUCUUCUUUACUUUGGCUCGGGCAGAUGAACUUAACAACAAGCACACCAUCUUUGGAAAGAUUACUGGAGAUACCAUAUAUAACAUGUUACGACUUACAGAGGUUGAAACAGAUGCAGAUGAAAGACCACUUAACCCACAUAAAAUAAAAAGUACUGAGGUUUUAUUUAAUCCUUUUGAUGACAUAAUUCCAAGAACCGGUAAAAAGCUGACGAAUGAGAAACCAGCUGAAGAAGCGAAGAAAGCAAAAUCCAAGGGCACAAAGAAUUUUAGCUUGCUUUCAUUUGGAGAAGAAGCUGAAGAGGAAGAAGUAGAAGUCAACAGAGUUAGCCAGAAUAUGAAAGGAAAAAGCAAAAGCAGUCAUGACUUGCUGAAAGACGAUCCGCAUCUGAGCUCAGUUCCUGCCAUUGAAAGUGAAAAAGCAGAUGACAGUGAUAACUCGGAUGAGGAAGAGGGUGCAUAUGGUGAGGAAGAUGAAGAAAUUGAUAGUGAUGAGAAGUAUCAAAUGAAAGAACGCAUUGUGAAGAAGUUAAAGAAAGAUGCUGAUCUAACAGCUCAAAAACCAACUAAAGAGAAGGAAACUGAGAAGAAAAGUAGUCGCAGUGAGGACCUACGGAAGGAAGUGCGCCAGUUGAAGCGUGAACUGUUAGCAGCAAAGCAAAAGAAAGAAGAAAAUGCCUCCAAACUAGAGGAGAAUAAAAUUGAAGAUGGCAAAGCUGUCCCAAACAGCAUUGUUGCAGAAUAUAUGGAAGAAAAAAAGAAAUAUGAACAACUGAAACAGCAGCAGCCGAAGAAAGGACCUUCCCGUGAAGUUCAGACGCUGGCAUUGCUGGACAGAUUCAAAUCAAAACUGAACCAAGCAAUAGCAGAGACUCCUGAAAAUGAAGUGUCGGAACCUGAAGUGGAGGAUGAUGAAGGAUGGAUGUCACAUGUGCUCCAUUUUGAAGAUAAAACCAGAAAGGUGAAAGACGCAAGUGUGCAAGAUGAAGAUACUUUUGAAAUUUAUGAUCCUCGGAACCCAGUUAAUAAGAGACGAAGGGAAGAAAGCAAAAAGAUUCUGAGAGAGAAAAAGGCAAGGAGAUGAAAUGAAUGUAAAGUUUGCCAGAGCCAGCUUGGAAAAUGACUGCACAACUGUUCUGGCUCUGUAGUAGCUGGUGUCCCAAAAUAUAUCACUUACAAGGUGUGAAAAGGAAUCUGGUGUCUAAUUUGGAAACAGUGCUAUCUGCUUUGUUUUGUGAAUUCUUAUGUAAAAAAAAAAAGCUCCCUGAAAUCAUUCUUAGCAAUUAUUGUGAAUAAAUAAUUCCUUUUCCAUUCUCA